GCCGAUGUUUCUGGUUGCUCGGCAACACCCACUCGCGUCUUUUGAGGUGACAUGAUGGGCAUUUCCUACUUCUACACCCCUCAGAUGCCGUCAUUAGCAGAGCAGACAAUAAUACAAAGUCCGCUCUGCUUUGCGGAGAUAUUUCCUCUUAUAGCCCAAGUCUGUGGCAACUGCGCUCGACACAUCAUGGGGUGCAUCAAACAGGCUCCAAGGCCCGUUUGUACUUGGCGAUCCUUGCAGUGUUCGACUAGGGAGAGUGCAGUUGCACAAACAUUGACCCGACCUGCUGGGGGUUGUUCUUAAUAAAGCCCGUAACUACUCGCUGCCUUCUGUCGAUUUUUCCCAAGUUGACUUUUGUGUUCCGCUUCUGUGUUCUGCCCCCCCAAAUUUCCCAACAACGCCGCUUCUCCCGUCGUCAUGUCGUCUCCACAAGUAGGAAUCAGUGAUCCCAAAGAGAGUCCACCCGCAAGAUUUUAUCCAGUUGCUAUCAUUGGACCUGCAGUGGGUGGUAUCGGGGCUGCGUGCAUACUCCAGAAUCGUGGGUUCGACCAAUUUCGAGUCUUUGAACGGGAAUCCGGCCUCAGGCCAAGAUCGCCAUCAGCGCCGUCGGUAUUCUCUCAGAGCCAAAACAGCCGAUCGCGGAUCUCAAUGCGUUCAACAGGCAAGUGAUUCACUUCGCUCGGUUGCCGGCAGACACCGAUAUUACCGGGCAAGACAUUGUCGUGGUGGGGUUGGGCUGCAGCGCUGCUCAAAUUGUCCCUGCCCUCUUGCUGACCCCGGGAAAGUCUCUUACCCAGACUUUGUGAACACCACCAUGGGUUGUUCCAAUACUUGAACAGCCGGGUGGAAAGGAAGCGUACGCAAAGUGGGCUCCUCGUGUGUAUGGCACCAUCCCUCUGCUAGAUUUCUUUAUGCGCAUGCUCAUCUGCAUCGCCGCUGAAUCGCAUUGUCUGUUCUUGAAGAGAAAUAACUACAAGUCCCAGAAGCAAGCCCAAGCCUCCUCGUUGACUCAUAUGACCUCACUGGCUCCCCCGAAGUACCACUCCAUGCUGACACCGAGCUACCCCGUCGGCUGCAAGAGGCGAGUAUGGGACAGCGACUGGUUGAGGAGCAUGCAUGAUUCGCGAUAUACUCUCGUCAGCGGCAGUUUAACACAGGUCCAUGAUCGUGAGGUUACCAUCCGGGGAUCAGAUGCCUUGAGCCGAGAACUCACCGACAGCACCUUGAAGGCCGAUACACUCAUCCUCGCAACCGGAUUCAAGACCACUGAAUUUAAACACUAUGUCCCCGUCGUCGGUCGCCACGGCAUUUCAUUACGGCACCAAUGGACUAUGCGCGGCGGUCCACACGCCUACAUGUGCACCGCGGUCGACGGUUUCCACAACUUUUUCAUGGUCGGAGGCCCCAACAGCCUGACCGGCCAUACAUCGGCAAUCAUGACGAUAGAAAACAACAUCGAGUACAUUCUGGUGUUGAUCAGACCCAUCUUGACAGGCCACGUGAGCAUAUUCGAGCCCAAACCGGAGGCUAUGCAGGCGUGGGACAGGGCCAUCCAGCGCCAUACACAGUCUACAGUCUUCCACUUUUGCACGAGUUGGUAUAAGGGACAGGGCAGGCGGAACGUGGCUAUCUACCUCCGAUCUCAGCUGGACUACUACCUCCGCUGCCGCUUCCCACGCCUCUCCGACUGGGAUAGAACAAUGACUGUCCGCGGACAGAAUUGUCAGAGGCGUCGGUGGAUGAUGGGGUAUUUCGCGCUCGCUACAGUCUGUCUGGGGUUAGGGGUAGUCUUUGCGGUCCUUUGAUGAUCUUGCCUUCUAGGCAAGCCAUAAUACUGAGCAAAUUUGAGGAACGGCCCAUAUUAGUUUCUAGAUAGGUUACCUGUGCCUCCCACUAACGCAUCGAGUUUACAAUCCGUGGUAGGGGAGUAAUGCAAUUUCUUCGGUUUGGGCGUGUACCAUGGAAGCCCACCCAGUCAACUACGUUGGAAUCGAUGGGUGAGGGAU